AUGGCUGAUACUUCAAACAAGGCCAAACCCGAAACCAAACUUGAACCGGUCCAAAUCACCAACAUACUACUAAAGGAGGCUAACUUCCUGCGGUGGUCACAAUCAGUCUGGAUGUAUAUUCGAGGGAUAGGGAAGAUAUGGUAUCUGACUGGUGAAACCAAGGAGCCCGAGAAAACAGACCCAUCCCAUGUUAUAUAUGAAUUGCAGCAAAAGAUCAGCAAUACUCACCAAGGAGAAGGCAGUGUAACAAGACACACUGGUGGAGGCAAAGUAGCUAUUCUUAUUGUCUAUGUUAAUGAUAUUAUUCUGACAAGUGAUGACAACAAUGAGCUUGAGAGGUUAAAGAAGAUUCUUGCUAAAGAGUUUGAGAUCAAAGACUUGGGUAACUUGAAGUAUUUCCUUGGACCUGAGCAUUUUGAUGCAGUUUACAUAAUCCUAAGGUACCUAAAGGGGACUCCAGGUAAAGGCUUAUUAUUUGGAGGUCAUGGAAAUCGACAAGUUGAAAUAUACACUGAUGCAGAUUGGGCUGGAAGUGUCACUGAUAGAAGGUCAACUUCUGGCUAUUGCACAUUUGUUGGAGGGAACUUAGUAACAUGGCACAACAAGAAACAAAAUGUGGUGGCAAGGAGUAGUGCAGAGGCCAGGCCAAGUUUGGGGUUGUUGCUCAUGGAGUUUGUGAAGCACUGUUGA